AUGAAGUUUGCAAAGUUGGGCCGCCCAAUGGAGGCGUUUCGCCGUCGCAACUCAGUACCGAGUGCCAUGACGCCGUGGGAGGCAGAGGUUGCUCAGCAGUCAGGCCUGGACACAAGUCCUCUUCCUCGCAUAACAGGCGCAGCUCUUGCGAUGGGCCUCCUGGUUUCUAUGGGCGGUAUCGUCUUCGGUUACGACACUGGUCAGAUCUCUGGAUUCUUGGCCAUGACCGAUUUCAAGGACCGGUUCGGCCAACGUACUCCUUCCGGCACAGCAUACUUCUCAGUCGUCCGCUCUGGUCUCAUUGUGGCCAUCCUCUCCAUUGGUACCUUGAUCGGAGCACUCGUGGCGGCUCCCAUCGCAGACAAGAUUGGCCGCAAACGCAGUAUUAUCUUCUGGUGCGGCAUCUUUUCGGUUGGAAUCAUUGUUCAGAUCACUGCCACCGACAAAUGGUACCAAAUCAUGCUUGGCCGUCUUGUGGCUGGCUUCGGUGUUGGGGCCUUGUCUCUCCUCGUCCCCAUGUACCAAGCAGAGACUGCACCCAAGCACAUCCGAGGCGCCCUUAUAGCGACAUAUCAACUGAUGAUCACAUUCGGUAUUCUUCUUGCUGCCAUAUUCAACUACGCUGCCGAGGAACAUCAAGCCGGAAAGGCCGCAUCAUGGCAAAUUACUCUGGGUAUAACGUUCGUGUUUCCAUCCAUGCUCGCUUUUGGCAUGCUAUUCUUCAGCGACACACCUCGUUUCAAUUACCGUAAAGGCAGGAUUGAGCAGGCCAAGCGUACGAUGAUGAAGGUGUACGGGGUGGGCGAAAACCACUUUGCGAUCCAUACUGAGCUCCAGGAAAUCAAGGAGAAGCUCGAAGCCGAGUCUGUUAAAGGCAAUGUCGUCAAAGAGUGGCUUGGUAUGUGGAAGGCGCCGAAGAUGGCCCGGAGGUUAUUGAUCGGAAUGGGCCUACAGAUGUUCCAGCAACUGACAGGAGCGAAUUAUUUCUUCUAUUACGGCACUACCAUAUUCCAGGAUGCACGGAAUGGUAUCAACUUCGGAACCACCUUUUACGGCUUGUACAUCGUCGAACAUUACGGACGCCGUAAGUCGCUGAUCGCUGGCUCCCUCUGGAUGUUCGUGUGUUUCAUGGUAUUUGCCUCCGUGGGCGCAUUCUCACUCGACCGGACCACCCCCUCGAAUACGCGGAGUGCAUCCAUUGCAAUGAUCGUCUUUGCAUGCUUCUUCAUCUUUGGAUUCGCCACCACUUGGGGCCCCAUGGUCUGGGCUAUCUGUGGAGAACUGUUCCCCAGCAGGUAUCGCGCAAAGGCCAUGGCCCUGACCACUGCGAGCAACUGGAUGUGGAAUUUUUUGCUUGCGUUCUUCACGCCCUUCAUCACCAAGGCAAUCAACUUCAAAUACGGUUAUGUGUUCGCAGGAUGCAAUCUCGUAGCCGCUUGCAUUGUCUACUUCUUCGUCAUUGAGGGUAGGGGUCGCACGCUCGAGGAACUCGACACCAUGUACCUGCUCGGAGUGCCACCUUGGAAGAGCUCUAAGUUUGUGUUCCCGAGUGACGAAGAGCUGGAUGAAGAGACCAGGAAACAGGUCGCUGAGGCGAGGAAGGGGUCGCUGACGGGUGGAUCUAUGCGCGGACGGAGAGGCUCUUUGACCCUUCAGAUGGAUGGGUCAAUGCACCCUCAAGCGUUGAAGGAGAAGAGGAGGGAUGAGGAAGCGUAA